CGGGCGCCGCUCAGCACAGCCGCCGAGCCCAGCCGGCUUCGCGACUUGGGGCAGCUCCUGGCGCGGCGCGAGCUCCGCCCGGGCGCCGGCUUGGCACAGCAGCCGCGGAGCGGGCGUGCGGGCGCCGAGGGGGCGGGCUGACCUCCGCCCACCGUCCACCUCCGCGGACCCCGCCGGCCCGAAGUGCGUGGGGAGCAGGAGGCGGGGAGCGCCGAGAGCCCGAGCCGCCCCGAGCGCGCUGGAGACACCCGAGCGCCCGGAGCCCCGGCACCAUGCGCCCCGCCGCUCCUCCUCGCCGGCCCCGGGCUUCUAUCUCCGCUCGCUGAGCGCUGGCGCUCGCCGCCGCGGACACUCGCCGAGACCUGGCGAGACGUUGGAGAGCGGCGCGGAGUCCGACCUAGACGUUCCUCUCCGCCUCCCCCCUCCGGGAGGCUACCGGUGCCCCGAUCUUUGGGUUUUACCCUAGCGUUACCAUGAGACCCGAGCAAGCUUGGCUUUAGGAGACGUUCGGAAGCCGAGGGGGAGAGUCCAGGCAAUUCUUGGGUUGCUAAGUUUGAACGAAGACGCCAGGAUGGCUCAGGGUUUCGGGGAUCAGAAAGCAGUGGGGAUUGCGGACCCAGAGGACAGUUCUCCAAAUAUGAUUGUCUACCGCAAAAUUGAAGACAUCAUUACAAAGAUGCAAGAUGACAAGACAGGGGGUGUGCCCAUCAGAACAGUCAAGAGCUUUCUCUCCAAAAUCCCCAGUGUUGUCACAGGUACUGACAUUGUGCAGUGGCUUAUGAAGAACCUUUCCAUCGAGGAUCCAGUUGAAGCAAUCCACUUGGGAAGCCUCAUAGCUGCCCAGGGCUACGUCUUCCCCAUCUCGGACCAUGUUCUCACGAUGAAAGAUGAUGGCACCUUUUAUCGUUUCCAGGCUCCCUACUUCUGGCCUUCGAACUGCUGGGAGCCAGAGAACACCGACUAUGCCAUCUAUCUUUGUAAAAGAACCAUGCAGAACAAAGCAAGGCUGGAAUUGGCAGAUUAUGAAGCGGAAAACUUAGCCAGACUCCAGAGGGCCUUUGCAAGGAAGUGGGAAUUCAUCUUUAUGCAAGCAGAAGCACAAGUGAAAAUUGAUCGGAAAAAGGACAAGACGGAAAGAAAGAUUCUGGAUAGUCAGGAACGGGCCUUUUGGGACGUCCAUAGGCCAGUGCCAGGCUGUGUGAACACAACAGAAAUGGAUAUCAGAAAAUGUCGACGUUUGAAGAAUCCACAAAAGGUUAAAAAGUCGGUGUAUGGUGUGACCGAAGAGUCCCAGUCACAAAGUCCCGUGCAUGUACCCAGCCAACCAAUCAGGAAAACAACCAAAGAGGACAUCCGGAAACAGAUAACAUUUUUGAACACUCAGAUUGACAGACAUUGUUUAAAAAUGUCCAAAGUGGCUGAAAGCUUAAUUGCAUAUACAGAACAGUACAUGGAAUACGACCCUUUGAUCAUGCCAGCUGAGCCGUCCAAUCCCUGGAUCAGCGAUGACCUUGCUUUAUGGGACAUAGAGAUGAGCAAAGAGCCCAGCCAGCAGCGAGUGAAGAGAUGGGGUUUCUCUUUCGAUGAAAUGUUGAAGGACCAGGUGGGGCGGGACCAGUUUCUGCGAUUCCUGGAGUCUGAAUUCAGUUCUGAAAACCUCAGGUUCUGGUUGGCUGUCCAAGAUCUCAAGAAACAGCCCCUACAAGAUGUGGCCAAAAGGGUGGAAGAAAUCUGGCAAGAGUUUCUGGCCCCAGGGGCCCCAAGCGCAAUCAACCUAGAUUCUCACAGCUAUGAGAUAACCAGUCAAAACGUCAAAGAUGGAGGGAGAUACACGUUCGAAGAUGCCCAGGAGCACAUCUACAAACUGAUGAAGAGUGACAGCUAUGCUCGAUUCCUCCGGUCCAACGCUUACCAGGACCUGCUGUUGGCCAAGAAGAAGCCAGAAAGUGAGCAAGGUCGUAGAACUUCCUUAGAAAAGUUCACUCGCAGCGUGUGCUGCUGGCGCAGAGUCAGAAUGGCCGCUGCAUUUCACCCCCGAGGUGGCUUCCUUCCAGCAGUGGGGAAAGUCGCUGGCGGGCAAGCGCCUCACCGGCCUGAUGCAGUCCUCCUGACGGUCCCCAGUGCAGGCCCCGGGCCCGAGGAGCAGGCGGGCAGGCGGCGGCGCUCCACGUCCUCGGACAGAGCUUCACUCCGGGGUGAUCUGGUCACUGUGAAGGAGAAAGAGUGAGGGUGCCUCUGGGCAGUGGGGACACUCAGCGGGCAACUGGGGAGACCAGAAAGAAGGCGUCCAUGAGGCCUGGGGGCGCUGUUUACACCCCCUUCUUCCUUGUACAGCUGUGCUCCGACACCCUGUCCUCUCAGCAGCCCUGGUCCCCACCUUGUGUUGGGGGGAAACAGGAAAGGGGGUGCUCCUAUGGUGACAGUCCCCCGAGAUUCGAUUCUUCCUAUCUUCACUCUUCCGACCACUGUCUGGCACCUUCAGGACAGACCCACUGGUCCUGAGCCCUGAGCCCGUCCAGUAUUAAGCAUCCCUCCACCUUCCCAAAAGGCACAGUGGAGCACUGUGUCUUGCCCACCUUCUGCCUGCACCUUCUGGACACCCUAGCAGCAUCGUCAGCCCCGAGCCAACUCCCCCGGGACACCAUCACACGUUUCUUUCCAUCUCCUUGGACUCCAGCUCUCAAGGAGGUUUCCACACACCUGCUGGCAGCCCCUGGGUUCCACGGCAUGUGUCAAGGGUCCCAGGCCAGAGGAAGCAUCGGCACAGAUGACUUUGCUGACUGGUGAGCAGCCCUGGACCAUCUCAUUGCCAUCUUUCCCAGAUACUGCCGUCUGGGAAUCCUUCCUGUCCCGGCCCUUCGCUCCUUGUCUGUCUGCUCAUUUAUGACUCAAGAUAAACAUGGCCAUGAACUCAGGGGCACUGGGGGGUUCCCCUCCUGCCCCUAGCAGUCCCGGGUGGAUUCGGGGAGGGCUCCUGGUGGUGGUGUCUGGGGGGUUCCCCAUGGGCAGAGCCCACACUGUGGCAUCCUGAUGGGCAAGGCCACACCCCACUGAGCCAGGCCCCCGUCAUCAUGUGUGGAGCUGGAGCAGGUUGUUUUGGGGCUCCAGCGCACCCUGAUCAGACCCCCGCGAGUCUCUGGCAGCCAGCCAAGCCUCCCACACUCAACAAUGCUGGUCCUCAAGGGAAGAAAAGCAAACACCGAGCAAACCCGGCAAAAACCUGGCAAAUGACUUGCAUUGUAUUCCCUUCGUGCGCGUGUCAAAGCGGCUGUGAGGUCAGAGGUGGACAGAGGGCACCCAGCCAGGGGCCGUAUAUGUGUCGCAGGUGCUCCCCCCGACAGCAGCUAUUCCUCCACCUGGUCCUUGUUGUCAUGGUGACUCCCAGGAGCCUUGGGACAAAGUGGUACUGGGGGACGUGGGUUUGAAUUCAGACCCUGACAGCUUGGCCUACCUGCCUGGGAUCUAUUUUUGGCCACAGGUGAUAAAGAUCUCCCUUGGGAGCCUAUAAACAGAAAACAUAGCAGAAAAAACAAUCCGCUAUCACUGGUAUUUCUUUCCUCAUGAAGGCAGAUUGGCCAGCCCGUGAGUGCGGGCUCAGAAGUGUGUUUGGGGGAACCUGACUCCAGGAGGCGCCCUUGAGACUGCUCCUCCUUCUGGAAGGCUCUAUGCUCCAAGGCACCAGCCUCCCCUCACCAACAGGGGAGCCUUAGAAAUUUUGGUGAGAAUUUGUACCCUGGUGGGCCAGGUCCACCAUCCCUCAGUUUCCCCCACUGGCAGUAGUUGUUAUCUCUGAGGUGCUAUGGAGUUUUGAGGCAUAACUGAGGUAAGAGUCCUCAAGAGUGUAUCCAAGGGUGACACGAGGGGCCCAGCUUCUCCUCAGAGGUUCCCACAGGCUCAUUACAAACCCUGGCUCACUGUACACACUUUAUAACAGCUGGGGGAGUGAGGGAGUGAGGGGAGGAGGAAAGUGAGUGAGAGGGAGUGAUUGGAAGAGUGAGUGAGGGGGAGAGUGAGUGAGUGGGAGAGAGUGAGAGUGAGUGGGUGAGCGAGUGGGAGAGUGAGAGUGAGGAGAGUGAGUGGGAGAAUGAGAGAGUGGGUGAGGAGAGAGUGAGAGGGUGAGAGAGUGAGUAAGUGAAGUGGGGCUCGCACCAGGUAAAGGGUCUUUGGGCUCCCCCUGCCCCCUCAGCACUCUCGGUCACUCUCCCCUUGCAUUCAUAGGCCUCUCCUGUCUUAGAACCCCAAGGCAGUCCAAGUCCAUCCAUAUCACCCAGUCACAGGAAACUUUUCCCUGCCAUGGUCCCCAGGCUGUGCCGACACAAAGGCACAGGGCCCACAGACGGACUGAAGAGACCCACAGCACCUCUCUGCCUCAGUGAUGCAGGCCCAGGGCCCAGCCACCUGCAGCCUUUCCCAGGGCCUUCCCUGCCUCUUCUCCAUCCCCAACUGUCCCCAGGGGUCCUCCAGAGUGAUGUCUGUUGUCCGUGGCCAUGAGACGGGGAUACUGAGACUUUCAGACCCCUCUGUGGCUUUCCCAGGGGCCAUGGAGCCAGGAGGCUCCACGGCGGGAAGGGUGUUUCAGAUCAUUCACCUCCAAAGCAAUAACCCUUCACCCCUCCUCCCAACAAGGCCCACUCAGUUCUGUGACCUCCACUAUGUGCUCAUGCCGAACCAUAGGCGAGAAGGCGAAUGGGUUGCUUCUCCCAAGCGGAGCUAGCGAGUCCCCCAUGGGAGACCUAGAACGCAGCGUGCUCAGACAAUCUGCCCCCGUGGACUGGAAUUCUGCCAGGUUAGACUCUUUGGAGGUGGUUCUGCUGCAAGGCGGGCUUUGCCCUGUCUGGCUUUCGCUGCCCUGGCUCUCUGUGGCUUCUGAACCCGAGACCGUUCCUGAGGAGGGUUAACACAUCGGUCACCCCACCCCACAGACCACCAACCCCUUCAGGUGAGACAAGCCCUGGACACUGGGCAGAGGCCUCCAUUGCCUUCGCUUCUAUGGCAAGUGCAGAGUUUGUGGCUGGCUCAUGUACAGGCUCGGAGAAGCCUGAAGACCUGAGCGAGGGAUCUCUGGGCUGCAGGGAGCGCCUCUUGCACAAAGACAAGCUUUGUUCUCUUGGAAGGGAUUUCUGUCCCCCAGGGCCCCAGCAGGGUCUAAGGGUGCAGCGGGGACCUGAUGUAUCCAGGUCCUCCAUCCCUGAGCAGUCAGGCACCCGGCCAGAGCCCUAAGGGACCCUAUAUAACUCUGCGUUGUUUCUCGGACCAGUGGACACAGAGGCCUUGGCCCCGGGCUCUUUCCCCUGGAUGGUGUGUCCAAACUACCUCAGCAACAGGGCACUGGAGCGGAGGCUGCGCUCGGGUGAGCCCUCAGCUCAUGUUUUUCCUGAAAUACAUCCCUCCCCUUCUGCUCCAUACGCAGGGCUACGAAGGGCACCCCUGGGGAACCCUCCCAGAGGCCGGAAUGGAUUACAGGCCUUGCAGAAUUUAUGGGUGGGGUGGGGUGGGGGGAGAGGAGAGGUAGCAGUGGAGCCCAGGACAAGGUGGGGCAGAGGGGGGCAAAAGGAGGUCAUGUGCCUCCAGCUUCCCAAAGCCCAGGGUGACUUGAAUACGCAGCAAAGGCCCACAUGUGGCAGAGGCGAACAGUGGCCAAAUGAAUCCCUGAUAGCUCACCACAGGACCCUCCAAAGAAAGGCUGUGCUCGUGUAACCAUGGCAACAGCAGACGCCAGCAGCCUACUUAUUCAUACCAACCAGUGAUAAGGCAUCUCCUGGGCGCAAGCCAGGGGCCAUAAAGUAGCAAAGUAGCAAAUGUAGCAAUAAGGGGCCUGGGGCCAUAAAGAGACAGAGUCCAAAUAACCCUGCCUCAGCCCUCUCCCCAGCCCUCCGAGGACCAGCGCCAGCUGCUGUCAGCUGCCGACAGGGAGUGAGCGGGGGAGGCCCUACUCCAUGCCCAGGGCUCCUGCCCCACAGUCUGCACCCACUCACUGCAUGAUCAUGGACACGUCGCAAUGGCCUUCUCCUAGUGCAUGUGGUUCACGUUAGGUUAUUUUUCUGGAAUUUGGAAUUAGAUCCCAGAACCAAACAUGCUGGUACAGUCCUAAAAUAAAUGACUUAAAGCCACUCUA